CUCAUACUUUAUCUUUUUAUACUUUGUUAUUUGAACGCACCCUUCUUAUAAUAAGUGUUUAUAAAGUAGUAGAAGUAUUAAUCUUCUUCUUUCUCUUAUAAAAAAAAACAACAACAAACGAAUAAUGCCACUUGUAAGGUCAAGAAGUCAAUCAAGUAGUGGUAUUCAAUCUACAAAUCUUUUUAGUGGCUUUCAACACUGGCGAAGAAGACGUGCAUCAAAUUCUGUUCCUUCGUCUCCUUUAGCAACUUCAGCUACUACCAAUAAUACAACAUCUAUUCCUUCCAUGGUGGGUAUUUCAAGAUCUUCUUCUGUUUCUGAAUCUUAUCAACCCAAUCGACUAUACCCUGCAACAGACGCGAAUGAAGAAGAAGACGAACCUUCUAGUAACCCUACUAUUCAUCCAACAAACAGUUCUCAACAAAGUACUACAACUGAACUUCCUACAACUGAUGAUCAGGAGAAUAUUCAUAUACGAUUAUUGCCGAACGUUGGAUUGACAACAAGAUGUUUUAUAUUUGAUAUUAUUGAUCGCACCCUUACUCCUGCUACUAUUCUGAAGAUUGGACGAUACAGUGAACGUCAUGCUAUGCCCGAUAGAUUAUCCUUCAAAAGUAAAGUUGUUAGUCGAACUCAUGCGGAAUUAUGGAUGGAAGAAGGAAAAAAGGUAUUCAUCCGGGAUAUUGGAUCAUCAAGUGGUACUUUUGUAAAUCGUAUUCGACUUUCAGCUUCCAAUGAAAUAAGUCCUCCCAUGGAACUUAAGGAUGGUGAUACAAUUCAACUUGGUGUAGAUUAUCAAGGUGGAAUGGAACAAAUUUAUCGAUCAGUGAAAAUCCGACUGGAAAUCAACAGGAACAAUCAAAAGACCAAUUCUUUCAGUAGACAAGCAUUCCAACAAUUACGUCAACGUCUAUUGGGUGGUACAGAUUCUUUACCUACUUCUUCGGAUACUGGACAAACCAAUCUUACAUCUGCAAUUAGUCAAGGAUUACCAUCUAUAUCAAGUAAUAACAAUUCAUCUUAUAUCCAAGAAUGCUGUAUUUGUUUGUACGCCAUUGCACCAUUACAAGCUUUAUUUGUGGCUCCUUGUUCCCAUGUGUUUCAUUUCAAGUGUCUACGACCCAUUGUAUUCCCGCAGUAUCCCGCCUUUAGUUGUCCUUUAUGUAGAAAUUAUUAUGAUUUGGAAGCAAGUGUUGCUAUUGAAGUCAGUGAAGUAAAAGAAGCUUUA